AUGGGAUCGACGCCCCCAGAUGACCUCGAGGGCACCUGGCAAAAGGUUUUGAAAGAGUACCGAGAAAUAGUCGGCAACUCGGAUGUCAGCAACCAGGUGCAGGAUUUGAGCCAAGUUGAGAAGGAUGGCGUCAUCAACAAGUCAAUCGAAAGCGUGACCCAGGUUGCGGAAUUUGUCACAGGCGCAGUUCCUUUGAUAUCCGAACAUGUGGAAACAAUCCUCACUGCUUUGAAGUACUUGGCGGGGACUGCGCAAUGGUACAAGGCAAAAUUCACCGCAGGAAUGGUCCGAAGCAGAUUGGAUGACGUUACCUCGGAUCUGCGGCGGGUUGCCGACUACAUGAAAGCGUACAAGAAUGGCGCUUCUUUGGAUGAGUCACUUACCUAUUUGAUCACUCAGAUCAUGACCACCUUCCUUCAGCUGUGCACGAUAUACGCUAAAGUCUCCAAAGAUUCCAAGAAGGUUUCAGGAAUCCUGAAGAAUGUUUUGAGAAGCGCAAUCAGAUGGGAUGGAGGGAUCGCAGACUACGUGGAUAAUGUCAAAAAACUCACAGAACGGGAGUUGAGUCUCAACGUGGCCGCGAUCCGGGUGUCCCAUAUCUAUACCAGCGAGGAGAGGCUCCGGAAAGAGACAUCUCUCAAACUUCGCGGCCUCCUCAAGGUGGAUGAAAGUCACGAACUUGGUGUGCAAACCCAGAAACACCUUUCCGACAAGCAUAUCCAGGGAAUGGGAGAUUGGCUUCUGAACGAAUCCACAAAGCGUUUUCAGAAUGCAGUUUCAAGACCAUGCAAGGUCUUCUUUCUUGUCAUCGACGGAAUUGACCAAUUGUCCGAGGAGGACAAGAGUGAACUGAAAGAGAUGGUCCGAGAAGCGCAAUCCGUAAACUCCAGUUCAGGAACUCGUUGCCAAGUGAGGAUACUGUUAUCUUCUACCGACCACGAUCCCGCCACCAACUUGGAAUCAGUCCCACAAAUCAUUCUACCUCAUGACGCCCGCUGUUUCGAUGUUGAGAAGUUCAUCGGCCACCAUUUGGAGAAUGCAUUGAAUGAUUGGCCCAAGGAAACAGAAGGACACAGAGUUCUCUGGAGUAUACAGAAGAGCAUUACUUCUAUGUUCGGCAAGGGCGGGAUUUGGAACUACCAUGACCUUUCCGGUAUCCUACAAGAGAUCAAGCGUACGAGCUCUAUGAGUCUGUUUGACUUGAAAAGGCUUGAAAAGGCCCUGGUAACCCGCGAUGGGGAUCCAUCCUCAAGUUUCACAUCCAUGAUCAUGCAGCGUGAGCUGGAGAGACUCGAUAGAGAUAUCGACGACGAAGAAAAAGACACAGUCAACCAGAUCUUAUCCUGCCUCGUAUGCUGGAGAUACUGGCCAACCAUUGAACAGUUGCAUGCUUUCCUCUUUUUGCAAGAGAAACAGGCAUCCGGAAAGUCAACUGUUCAAAAGCUCCGAGAGGAGCACCCGCAGUUAAUCACUGUCCACUACGAUGACACAGCGGUAGCCGAGGAUCUCUGGUUCUUUUUCUUCUACAAGAAGAACGGCAAGUGGUAUGCGAAAGACGAAGUUCCCUUGUACAGUAAGAAGGUCGGUGGAUCGAAUCAACUCUGGGGAAAGUUCAAGUCUCGCGGACCAAAAUCGGAGCACCCUACGUUCGAUUACCAUCUGGUAGACUCGCUCGUCGAUAUUAUGAAGGAGCAGACUAUGGGACGCCCAAGGAUUGGACUCGACCUCAUGCAGAGCCACUUUGCCAUCGUCCUGUCACUUUUGCAGACUAUCUGCUCAAAACACCAUGAAGAGCGCGCAGAUCUGAAGAGUUUGCAUGGCUAUGCAGGCAUGUGGCUUCCAUACCACAUGUGCAAAGUCAUGGACUACGGAGGAUUACAGUCUGCCACGGAUCCGGUGACGCAAAAGAAGAAAAUAAGAAUCGGGAGACUUCUGUACAGAUUCUUCAUGGAUGAGAGAACGGUUGAAAUCUGGCUGUCCAGAUCCAACCCCCAAAUCCUACGGCUCAACGACUGGUGUGGCUACGUUUCGCAAGUUUACGGUUGGCUCGAAGAUACUGCUGUCUCUGACGGAUUCAUCGGGGAAAAGGACAGACAUGAGUCACGACGAAGCGCAGAUGCAGCCUCCGAUGGAUCCAGAAGAAGCACACCAGACAUUCGCCAAGUCUCUGAAGACUCUGAUUCAAAGGAAAGCGAUCAUCUGGAAGGACCAGAUACUAAAAGUACUUCAUUGAAGAACGUCGGAGUGGUUGAGGAGACAGAGUCUCGGCUAUCGCAGAGUUUCUCGAUUCUGGGAAAGUACAAGUGUGUGCGCGAUACCAUUCUUUGGUAUACUAUUGGCAUGCCUCGUCAGUCUUUUCUUUCCUGCACUAUCAAAGUUUCAGCAUCUCAGUGGCUUGAAAAGUACAACUGGAAUGCAUCAGAAGCCUUCGAAUGGCUUGUGUGUGUUUCAUCAUUCGCAAUCCUAUCCGACCACGAAAACACCGAAGAAGUUUAUCUUUGGGAUGAGGAAAAUAAAAAUGCUAUCCAACAUGCCAGCAAAGCUCUCCAGCAGAGAACCAUCGAAUCAAAACACAUCAAGGAUGUCGAAGAAUGGGCCAAAAUGCUGCUUGGUAUCAGAGGCGCACAUACGCGUCUUUACCCCACCGUCGAUGUUCGGAUUGCUCAAACGUACUUCGGCCUACGCGUCCAUGAUGAUCAUGAAGAAGCUGAGAAGCGGUGCGAGCUCGCUCAGCAUCGUGAUCCGUCGUAUUUCGAAGCAACCUUAUGCCUGUUUCAAAUUCUCGAUGAGAAUGGAAGGAAAGAAAAGUCGGUUCGGGAGCUUCUGAAAAUCCGCUCUUACAUUCAGAGUUCUGAGUUCAAGGAGACAAACCCUAUCCGGUGGAAGGCCGAGCUGGACAGAUUUUGGCGCCUCUGUGACGAAACAAACAAGGUAAAGGAGGCUCUCGUUGCAUGCGUGGACCUGUCCUGUCAAUUUCCUGACAGCCGGGAGUACAUUGAGAAGGCAGCCGAAUGGCUCCUGAGAGCCGAUCACUUGAAAGGCGCUUUUGGUGCUCUGACGGCGAUUAGAGAAGCGGAUGGACGCAGCCUUUUGACAGCUUUAUUCUCGUCACGCGACGGAUCCAGCCCAAGGAUUCAUCAACGCUUUCAUCUCGCACUCAAAAACAGCCCCGAGUUGGUUCUGAAAGGAUACACCGAUACCUUCAUGCAAGAAAGCAAUGAUCAGAUGCUUCUGAAGCUUCGCCACUGGUAUGCGCUUUCUCUGUUGUAUCAAAAGAGGAAGAAAGAUGCCAUGAACGAGUGGGAAGCCAUCUCUCGAGAACUCAAGAAGCAAUUCAACGGCUCGGGAUCCAUCGAUCGCCGAUUUAUUCACAUUGCCGAACAACUCGCGACCUUAUACAUUACGAUGAUCCGGGAAGAAACUCCUUCAAGAGAUUUCGCCCACCGCUGCGUCGAGAAAGUUCAACGGUGUCAAGAGUUGAUAGAACAGCAUUGGCCAUACGAGGACAGCCACCUAGCGCUCAUGCUUGGAAGGCUGUAUUACGUCUUGGGUCACUAUCAGACAGCAAGAGCGUGUGUUAGGAAGUACCUGGAAACGGCCUUCGGUCUCUUGGAGGAUGAUAGGGAGGACAAUGAUUGGAAGGGCCACUUCAUGCUUGUGGAAGCCCUUAAUUGCCUCGACGACAACGAGAACGCUCGAGCGGCAUGGUCACUUAUCGCAAGCGCCCACUCUGAAGAGCGGACUUGCGAGCUUUCCAUCACGUGUGCAGGCGGAUGUGGAUGGAGUUGGGACGGCAUGUCACAUCUGGACAGGGAUAUUUACUUUUGCAGAGACUGCGCACAUGUCCAGUUUGAACCCAGUUGCUACACAAAGCUACGCAAGGGUACCCUUGACGAGAGGGUGUGUUGGAAAGAUCACCAGCUGACCAAAAUUCCAAAGAUGAACCCCAGGGGCAAAAGGAGGAUCGAAGCUAAUAAACUGCUAGUUGGGGAAGCCGAAUUGGAUGUCCAAAUCUGGCUGGAUAGGGUCAGACAGAAGUACGGAAUUCGGAGGCUGCAAAAGCUAGCCUGGUCAGCGCGACAAGCAGAAUCUAUCAAGAUAGCAAGAUGGAAACUUCGGUGGGGGGUAGACGAGAAGUUCGGAUUGAAUCACGUUCACGUCAAAGGGAUGCUGAAAUAG